GCUUUCUACCCUUUUUAUAAUCGAGACGAUUGACGAAAGCGUUGUUGAUGGUCCGGAUUAUUGGCUAUAUCCACUUUCCUUUAUCCGCUGAGUCCGAAGACAUGUUUACCUUCUUGCAUUCACUUCUACGUCUUUGGAGCAGGGAUUUGAUAAUCCUUUGUAAUUGCACCUCACCUUUUCACACCCCUAACAUUUUUACCCUGUGUAUCUGAAACUGCACGAGAUGGAAUCGCUCAUACGAACGAUGCUGGCUGCUGCGCGCGAAGAGGAUGCUGUUUGCUUUUCUUUGCAACUCAACCCCACUUUCACUUCCUGUCGCUGUCGUCGCCCACCAUUGCGCAAUGCGCUGGGCAGCCGUCCUAGUUGACGAGAUCAAAAUAAGGACAGACAGACACACAAAACUUCUCUGGUGGAGCUGGAGUUUGGAGAUACCCCUUUUUCACACUUCUAUAUUCUUUGAGAUUCGGAAAAACCCCUCAUAUGGGGGUUGGAGUACGAUGGCUGUCAUGUUGGAGGGAUUUUUGUCGUACUAUGAGCAUGGAUGCAUGGAGGUUUUGAUGGAUGAAUGGAAGUUGAUUUCAGACGAGGCGUGGCAUUAUAGACCAGCUAACACUGCUAUUCAUGAAGAGUCGGGCAUCUGGAGGUGCGAUGCUGAGAAUUGUGGUUGUCAACCUCCUGUUUCUGGUUUAUGAAGGCCCCUCGUAUUCAGGCUGUUCAGCUGUGAACAGUUAACAUGAAAGAAUUACAAAACAAACACUAUGGGGAUAAUGAAA